AUGAUCGGCCUACUGAUUGACAAGGAGACCGGCCGAGGAAAAAAACGGCUGGAAUUGAUACUAUACGCGUAUGCUGGAAGAAUUGAACAUAGUUAUCGAGGUAUCGUAUUCUCUUUUAAGUGUGUCUUUUCUUUCUAAGACCAAGAGAGCCUUUCUCAGAAUGUUCCAAGAAAGGAUCUCCCAAGACUCUUCUGAAGAAUUUUAUCGAUUUUUUAGCUUUCUUGUUAAAUUUAGUACGGUUUCGUGAAAGUUUCUUCCGUUGAUAUAUAUUGUUUUCGCUCAUGAAUUGCCGACUUUUUAUACUUUGUCUUAAGAUAUUUUUUGUUUUGAUCCUGAAUUUUUUUUUUUGAAGCCAUAGACGAAACUCAAACAACCGUCUUUCAUGUCACUUCAAAAAAUCGGCUCUAACUUCAACUAAAAAUUCAAAGAUCAUAGGCUUAACCAUCUACAGUUCAUGAACUUGUUUCGCUCAGAAAAUUUAAGUCAUGAAGUCCACAAAUGUAUGAUUUCUGACCCCACUCCUUCAUUUUCAGAGACCAAGAAACCUUGAUCCUUACAGUGCCCCUAAAUGAGCUUUUCCACGAAUAGUUUCUCGGACCUGCCUGGAUCAAGCUUUGAAAAGCUUUUAGGUACGUGAAAUCGAUUCUUCGGUACUUAAUUUACAAGCCGUAAACCUUUCAAAUUUUCCUCUGUUAUCCCAUUUACCCCAUUUUGCCACCCGGAGUCUUUUAGCAGGUCUUUUUGAACUCCACGAAAUCAGCACUGUAAACAGGUUUCGAUGGUUCUCCUCGAUGAAGCUUCAAAACGAAACAUUCUAGCUUGUAAACCACAAAAGUAACCGUGAGACUCCCUAAUUGGGCUCAAAAUCGGUAGUUAUUAAUUUUCGAUUUUCAAAAAGGGGCGGAGUCAAGAGGCGGCGCCAGAAUCUGGCGCGGGCCAGUGACAGCGCCGCCCACACUCUAUAAAAGCUCGUCGGAAGUUUGAAAUUUCAGUUUUCUUUCAAUCUUUAUUUCGUUCAAAAUAUCGAAAAAAUCAGGUCUCCAGCUUUCGAAUCAUAUCAAUAAACUCCCGCUACCCUUCGUUUUGCCUUUUGAUCGACCCCGGUUUCAUUAAAACUUUAACUCUACUAAAAGGAAGGUAUCAGCUCACUACCUUGAAUCAGAGUCAACUAAACUACCGCAUGCCAAUAUUUCGCAUAUCUCUACGAUAACUUCUUUAUCAAUCGUUCCUAUUUGAUCCCAACGUUUCCUCUUUUUUCCCUCUAGAUGUCUCUUGACUAGUCACAGGCUGAAAAAUUUACGCGACCAAAGCUAAUUAAAUACUUUUGGAUUCACUUUGGAAAAUCAAAUCAUUCGAUUUUAGAAAUGGCUACUCCCCUGGUCAGAAGCGACAUCGAUAUUGAGAGCCAACCGUUGAACACGAUGGACCUCAAAAUCGCGAGUCGAACUGAAAAAAGCGCAUGGUUUCCUCAAGAACCUUUCGAAGAUUAAACACGUGAGUUACACGGCCGCAUUGGGAAUGGCUCUUUUUCGCAAAACUCGCUUAAAAAGAUCGUCGUUAGAGCUAGCGAAAGCUAUCUGAAUGGCUGGCCCCGCCUCCGCUACAACGCCAUUGCAUUUUUCGAAUAACUGUGAGACGAUUUCUUGCUUUCAGUUCAUCUUCAUUGGAGUGAUAUUCACAUUUGCUGUGAUCGCACUCUCGGAAACUUCCGAUGACGACGACGAAUGGAUAGAAGACGAGCCUUACAGACACAUUUGCAUCGACUACCAAUGGCACGAAAUUGAGUACCAAUGCAAGAGGUUCUACAACUCGACGCCUCGCUGCGAUUUGACGGGUUCGUUUUCAAUUUUUUCCCGAAUUUGUCGACUACUGUUAUAGCUGAAGAAGACGAUCAAAUGCUGAAAAAGCUCCAAGCAUGUUGCGAGGACGACGACAACUGUUGGCCCCGAGAAAUGGACGAGUACUGCUGCCUAGAACAACCGUGUGACCAUCAUAAAUGCAGAAACCCAGUGAGUUAUCUUUCUCAAAGUUUAAUUCUUGAAAGAAACCAUUCUAAUAACAACGAGGUUGUUAUUUAUUACAGAUGCCAGCAAAUGGGACCAGUCUUGUUGCCGAGGCAAUCCUGAAGAUACAGUUGAAGCAAGAAGAGGAAAGAGAAGGAGAAGGGAUCUUCAGCAAAAAGAUCUUGACGCAAAAGCAGAAGAAACUGAUUGUCAAGUUGCACAAGGUUCUUGAACACCAGGAACUUCACCGUCGUGAGCGAAAUCAUGGAUAACAGCACUUUGAUCGUCUUUAACAACAAAGUUGUUAAACAGCCGAGUAAGUUAUAAAUCUCCUUAUUCUUUGCUUGGCGAAGCAAUUUUACCUUUCUUAAACCAAGAAUGCAACAUUUUCAGCGAAGUUGACCAGCUUUUUGGAGUACAGCAUGGUGAAUGAACAUAGAAUUCACGUUAGUUGUUUGAAAAAUAAAUUCCAAAAAAAGCCGUGAGUUUCAGUUUUUGAUCGAUGUUGAACAAAGAUCGCAACGCGAGCACGCAGUUGUCAUCUUCAAGGGAUUGAUGUGCACCUACCUCCCCAUUUGCUCCGACUUUCAAGCCAACUUCAAAUGGGUACAGUUACCGCGAAGUUCUCCCCGAAUAAUUGACGAAAUCUGCAGAGUCCAAAGAGGAACGACUACUUCGUGAGCAAAUUCAAAAACAACAAGUCCAUCGUGAAGCCGAAUAUCGACGAUUACCCGUUUUGGGGCGGAGAUGAAUGA